AGCACUGGAAUUACCAGGAAAACGACCGGGGAAUGUCGCAAUAUCAGCUGGCCCCAACCCACACUAUACAUCAGGGCCGACUGUGCCGCAUCUGUCUGAUUUGACGUGAGACUGAGACCUAUUCUUGGAUCUUUGACCUACUACUGUACAAACACAAGAGAAAUCCUCUGCAAGACCAAUUGCUCGGCAUCGUCGCUAUGUUUUACGUUCUGGUUUCUUUUUAAGAAUGAAAGGCUUCACGCGCAAAUAACUACCGAGCUCGAGGAGACACAUCGAUCACGAAUAAUACACCAGAGCACUGCCACCCUCCAAGCUUCUGGGCUGGGGUAACUGGGUUCAAUCGGGCCGGGGGUAGCGAACUAACUACAUCAUCAACACCACCCACCCACCCGCCAACACUGUCGCUCCUCGCCGACGUCGCAUUGCGCUUUUGGAGGUAGUUAUCCCACCAUUUCAAGAAGAACGUAAUUUUAUCGACAGAGGCAAGAAGUGACAACUUGGGACCUUACCGCUGCGUGAACCGGUCACAGCGAGAAUCCUCCCAACCAUGGGCUGCGGAUCGUCGAGUUUGAAGGGAGCAGAUAUACCCGACAUUAAUAGCCAGCCAACGACAGCCGCACAGCCGCAGCAAAUCAGGAAGAUUCGGACCAAUUUCUCAGACAUCGACUAUGAUCAGGACGCUCGACAGCGGCGUCUGACGGAAUAUGCGCCGCAUGAACAACCUCCGCCCGUGAGGGAGGAGAGUCACGACUUCACGGCUGAACAGAGUAGUGGUGCUUAUGAGCAGUACCAGCAAUAUGACACCCAACCUGGUCGCCCGGAUUAUAACGCUGGUGCGCCGACUGGUUAUGCAAACGACGGGGCCAUGUCCAGGAGCGGCCCCGGGGACAGAGAUAACGAUACGACUUUAAAACCCUAUCAGACCAUCGAUGGAGGCGACUGGGAUAACCAGGAUGGCCCGCCUCAGAGACAAACGCCCUAUGUCAACGGCACGCAGGACGGGAUGGACCCGACCUCGGAUUCAUCCAAGAACGAGUUCGCCGCGGCCAACGACCCGGCCAACCCGAAGAACCAAGAUGGCCACCAUUCCCCCCAAGGAGGCCACCAUAACCAACAAGCCGACGGUUACAAUAACGACGACAACGACGACGCCAACAACAAUAACAACAACAUGUCCCCGAUCUCGUACAACGCUAACUCCGACGUCGCGGCCAACCCGGACAUCCACGGCGGCGACGACAACGCCGCGGAGCCCAAGAAGUCGUGGCUCGGUCAGAAAUACGCCUCCCUCCAGUCCGCCCGGCGCGGGUCGGGCCUCAGCGACGAGGACCUGAUCAAGUACACGGGCAAGGACAGGAGGGAGCUGAGCGAGUGGGCCCAGAACAGGCCUGGGGUCGGGCCAAACCAGGACGCCGGGAGAGUCGGGUCGGACUCGGGCCUGGCGGCGGGGGCAGCCUGGAAUUAGAGAGGGAAGGCGAAGGGCAGUGGAAUGGGGUGGAUUGGACGGUUAGGUGUCAUGGGGAACAAAGAGCGAGACGCUUAAGGCGAGUUGUGAGAUGGGACUGGAGAGCUGAGGCGGCGCCUUCUUGGGACGACGGGGAACGCAAUCAACCACUCGUAGAAGGAGAAGUGAGAACUGUUCAAGCGACGAGGCGAGGCGAGACAAGCUGAUGAUGGGAAUCGACAGAUCGUGGAGUGGGCGACCAAUCGAGUCGGCUGUCCGCACGGCCGGAAGAACGGAAGCUGAAGGCGGAGGAGGAGAAGGAGGGAGGGAAUAUCACUUGUCUGAUAUCCGGCGCUGGAUGGAAGAAGUAAUGGGAGAUAGACACCUUCCCUGUCGUGAGAAAAGCGUGGUUGUGUCUUGUACUAACUGUGUGAGACGACACGCUGGGUACAUCAUCUUGCGGUGUCGUAGGAUAUCACGCGAGAGCUGCGAGGUUCAUUCAAUGUACAUGUUGCGCCUUUCAAAGUACAAAUUGUAUCCUGGAAUCCUUGGGAAACCUCUGGUUGAUGCGGGUUACAGUAGAAUAUAUCCAAUACUCGUAG